AUGCGGCGCGGUGAGGCGGCCUGUUGGGCCCUGAUGCUGCUGGCCGCUGCCUUCUGCGACACGGUGGCCGGCAAAGGCGGGCGCGGCGGGGCCCGGGGCAGUGCCCGCGGCGGGGCCCGGGGGCCCGCCCGCGGCCGGGUGAGGGCGGCGGCACCCCGCUACGGCUCCGCCGGGGCCGCUCUGCGCGUGGCCGGAGCGGCGGCUGCGGGAGCUGCGGCUGGCGUGGCGGCGGGAGCCGCCCUGCGCAGGGCACGGCCGGCGGGCGAGCUGGAAGCGGGCGACGGCAUCGGGUACCGCGAUGGCAACCGGACGGCCGCCGCCAGCGCCUGGAGCUCCGCCGCGCCCGACUGGGAGCCGCCCGGCUGGGCCGUGCCCUGGCUGUACCCCCUGGCCGCCCUCCUCUGCUGCUGA